AUGGUGCGUGGAAACUCUCUCUCUGACGACUUAAGUAUUUUGGUCAAUAAUCCUAAAUACAGUGAUUUAGAGAUUAAAUGUAAGGAUGGCGCCAUCCUUUAUGGAAACAGUGCAGUCCUUGCCGCUCGUUCUGAAGUGUUUGAUAGAACUCUCUUUACUAGAGUUUCCGAAAAUCUAGAUAAGCAGAUUUCUUUUCCAAAAAUUGAAUCAUCCCACAUGAAGAUUAUUCUUGAGUAUCUAUAUACUGGAAUAUUACUUGAGAAAGAUAUUACGGCCGACAAUGCUUUUGAAAUUUUAUAUGCUGCAGAUUUCUUUCAAUUAGAAAAACUUCAAGACCUUAUUUCAGAGUGUUACAAAAAAAUGUGCACAAAGGAAGGAAUUGAAAACAAAUCACCCGAGUUAUUAUCUAAGGCAGUUCGACUUAUGUCACCUACAGCCGACAACGGAACUAUUAGAUAUUUAGCAGAUGCAGUUGCUAAAAUUCCUUUAGAUUUUAUUGAAUUUGAUAGAUUAUCCCUUCAAGGUUUACAGUGCAUGUUAUCGAAAAGAGAUACAAAGAAAACAUUUGUAUCUAGUGAAUAUUCUGUUUUUCGGUUUACAGUAUUAACGGCUGCAAAAAGCAUAUCUCACGAAGCAUUUUCAACCCUGGAGAAAAAGUUACAACCAUGGAUGGAAGUUAAGGAAGUACCUCAAACACUUAAGAACAAUGACUCGAUGAAGAAAGAAAUUAGUACAUCGGUUGCGGAUAUUAUAAGGCCAAUUGUAGAAUAUAUCGACUUUAAAAGGAUCAAUGCGAUGAUUAUUGCAAAAAUAAUCGAACCAUUGGAUAUUAUUUCGUCUAGCAAAAUUAUGGAUUCAUAUCGGUCCCUAGCUUUUCAGGCAGCUCCACUAUCACCAUUUUAUGGAGUUCCUCUCUUCAUAUGGGAUCAAAAGGGUUGUGGUAUGGGUUUAGAAAUUAAUGAUAAUGGACGUACUGUUAGUGCAUCUGAAAAUGUUAUAAAUUAUAGAAGCGUAAGAACCAGUAAUCCUAUGAGUAGCGGUGUUUAUGAAUUUCAUGUUCUAAUUAAAAAAUUUUCUAAUUAUUCUUUUAUUGGCGUUUGUGAGGAGGAAUACGACUUUUACAAGCAUCCUGGUGAACAAUUAUAUGGAUGGGUUUUUUGUUCUAGUGGAAAAGUCUUCCAUAAUAAUCAACGUCUCAUCUCAAAUUCAAAAUUUAAUGAAAACUCAAGAAUAAUUGUGCAUCUAGACAUGGAUAAUAAGACAGUUUCAAUUUCAGUUGAUGACAUAAGAUAUCCACCGGUUGCAUCAUGGACCAAUCUUCCAUCUAAACUUUAUUUUGUCGCUUCACUUAGGUAUCCGGGAAUGUUUAAAAUUUUACAUCCAGACGAACAAAUUAUAAUUUAA